AGAGGGAAAAGAUUUUCAGCUUCUUUCAUUCCUGCGGGAGACGAUUGGCCGAAGGGGUGGGAGCGCUGCGAUUGGCCGAGAGGGAGGAGCGGAGGGCUGCGAUUGGCCGCAGCGCCUCGUUCCGAGAGUCCCGGCCUGAUUCGGAGGAGAGACGCCGCAAUGGCCGGAGGGCGAGCGGAGCUGUGGCUGGGCGCGCUGCUGGUGGCGGCGGCGGGCUUGGGCGCCGCGCUGGACAACGGGCUGGCGCGGACGCCGCCCAUGGGCUGGCUGCACUGGGAGCGCUUCCUCUGCCAGACGGACUGCGAGCGGGAGCCCCGCGAUUGCAUCAGUGAGCGGCUCUUCAUGCAGAUGGCUGACCGGAUGGCAUCGGAGGGAUGGAAGGAGGUUGGGUACCACUUCCUGUGCAUCGAUGAUUGUUGGAUGGCUCCCACCCGCGAUAAACAAGGACGGCUGCAGCCAGACCCCAAACGCUUCCCCAGCGGGAUUAAGAAACUCGCAGACUAUGUCCACUCCAAAGGACUGAAGCUGGGCAUUUAUGCCGACAUUGGGAAUAGAACAUGUGCUGGCUAUCCCGGCAGCUAUGGCCACUACGAACAGGAUGCAGAGACCUUCGCCAGCUGGGGGGUGGAUCUGCUGAAAUUCGACGGAUGUGACUUUGGGACUCUGGAUGAGAUGGCUGAAGGUUAUAAGAAAAUGUCUUCGGCUCUAAAUAAAACUGGCAGAAAUAUUGUAUAUUCCUGUGAAUGGCCACUUUACCAGAGACCCUUUCAAAAGGUCAACUAUACAGAAAUUAAGCAAUACUGCAAUUACUGGAGGAAUUAUGCUGACAUCUCUGAUACCUGGAUCAGCAUCAAGAAUAUCUUAGAUUGGACUUCUUCACACCAGGACAUUCUGGUUGACAUAGCAGGGCCGGGUGGCUGGAAUGACCCAGACAUGCUUGUGAUUGGAAAUUUUGGACUGAGCUGGGACCAGCAAAUAACACAGAUGGCGUUUUGGGCUAUUAUGGCAGCUCCGCUGCUGAUGUCCAAUGACCUGCGUCAGAUCAGCUCCCGGGCCAAGGCUCUCCUCCAGAACAAGGAAGUGAUAGCGAUCAACCAGGAUCCCCUGGGCAAGCAGGGCUACCGAAUUACCAAGGACCAAAGCUUUGAGCUGUGGGAACGCCCGCUCUCGGAUGGAGCGUGUGCUGUAGCUGUAAUAAACCGGAAGGAGAUGGGUGGGCCACAGUCCUAUGUUCUUGCUACCAUGAUCCUUGGCAAUGGCUUAGCUUGUAAUCCCAGUUGUUUGAUCCAACAAAUUCUUCCUACCAGGAGGGAUUUUGGGCUACACAACUGGGUUUCAUAUUUGAAGCUGGUGGUGAACCCAACUGGUACUGUCUUGCUGAAGAUAGUGGUGAACACAAGCACACUUUUUACUGACAAUGGAAGAAGCCACCCUAACGAUCUCUUAUAACAUGACAACGUCCUCCCCUCGCAAACGCUUUCAAGAGGAUCUAAGGCAAAGCCUAACAAACCCUCCCAAAGGGAAAUCACGGUAGUCUUUUGCUUCAGGAAGCUGACGGUCAAGAAAUGCGAGAUGUUUUUUUCAGAAUUCUCAGAUUUUAAACCUCAAAAGGACGAGAGUCUUUCUGGAGGCACAGCUGGAAGCAAAAUUAGCGCCAAUCGUGUUUACAAACACAACCGUUGCGGUACAGCAGCAGUUUGUUUUCCUGUGCUGUGGACUUUGCCGGGACACAAAAAAAGAGGAUUGCAAUUGUAUAUACUUGCAAUUGCUUCUCAACCGUCACUGGAUCAAAAUUAGGGAUAUGUGAGAAUGCAAUAGCUCUACGGGCAGAUUGUGCAAUAACUGAAGAAAUUCUUAAAAGAGGAUUUGGGCACACUUUGUCACUCCACUAAAACCCAGCAGAUAGAUUUUAAAAGUACUGUGUAACUCGGCACGUUUGGUGAGCUGCAGAAGUCUCUAAAUUAAGACUCUCCAGUCUCAAUUUAGAGACUUCUGCAGCUCACCAAAAGUUGCGCCGAGUUACAUAGUACUUUUAAAAUCUAUCUACCUACCUCCGAAUGGCACUACCUCACUUUGACCUUGAGAAUUUCAGCCCUUAGGUCUGAACCUGAAUUUUGCAGUUCAUUAAAAUGCUUUUUGCCCCAAUCUGAAUAAAUCUUUUUUGCCUUAUUGACGUGUGCUACCAGUAGCUUUCUCCAAGGCAGCCACUGAGGACCCAGUUUAUGAUCAAGUCAGCCAAACUCAUGUUUAUUCCAGUUGCUGUUACUGCUUGAAGGAAAACGAAGACAAAAGGAAUCCAAUCAAUUCUUUUGAACCAUUCAUGGAAGAAUAAAAUGUCAAAAGUUUUGUGAAAGUUUCUUCAAACAGAAGAUAAUUUCUGCCACGCUCUUUUCAUAAAUAUGUACAUUAAAAACUGCAAUUAAUGUCUUGAAAAUAAAGAACGUGGAGCAGUUUUACUUUUUUGCUUUUGAA